AUGGCUUCCUUCAACCCGUUCGCUAGACGUGAGACCCACAGUGCUGGCGCGCUGAACACCUACCGGGUCCUUGUACCUCUUACCUGGCUGUUGGUCGUGGUGGUUGGCAUCUACCACUCCGUCCACUCGCCAGACGAUGUGAAGAAGGGCAAGAAGCUCUGGAGGCAAGGUGAUAAGCAUAAUACUCCCUUCAGCCAGAACACUACUGUGACUGGAGUUUUCUGGAUUCUCCUACUUCUUUCCCAGCUCAGCUAUGUCUGGCACCUCUUCUCCAAGAACACGGUCCUCGUUACGGCCGCUGCUAAUGUUGCCACCCACUUUAUUCUGAAUAACCUCUUCCUCUUCGCCUGGAUCCUCCUCUGGACCCGUAACCACUUCAGGGUCGCAGAGGUCAUCCUCGCCGCCCACUUUAUCAACCAAACUGUCACCUACUGGCGCCACCGCGGCCUUCCGGCUUUCGUGCAUCUGCCUGCUGUCGCUGGUCCAUAUGCGUGGACCCUGACGGCAUUGUUCUGGAACGGGGCCGUUGCCGUCCAUAGCCACAACCUGCCUGGCCGUAUUCUUGCUAAUAUCUUCAUCUGGGUCAUUCUCUUCGUUGGAUUGUUUGACAUCGUCCUGCGCGAGGAUUAUAUCCUUGGAUAUUGUUUGAGCUGGUUGACGCUGUCACUCGCCCUCCGACAAGUCGCCGUCAAGAUCAUUGCUUUGCAGUGGAUCUUUGCCUUUGUCGUCUUUGGCGUGUUUUUGGUGGUCUCUGUUUACAUCUCUUCGACCAAGGCCACCGGUCGCGACAGCCUCUUCCGUCGCGUUGCACACCCUGAGUCGACCGACCGUGAGAGAGAGCCACUGCUCAACGAGGGUGUUUAG